AUGGACACGCCCAUAUUAUUAUUGCUGAUCGUCCAUGUCUUUACGGACCCACGAUUUCUUAAGAUGAAUUCUACUGAGCAAUUCUAUGUUGAAGACUGCAGAGCUAACUAUCACAAGGGCACCUUUAAUUUGAAAGCAGAGAUCCGGCAAUUCAAUUACUCGCUCGGCCCUAGCGCGAACAUUUACGAAUACACGGCAAUCUUCAAGAUGUUCACGGCCAAAAAAAAUAGAGAUAUCGGAUAUUUUGUAGAACCCGGUCCCGCCAAAAUUUUUAUUCAGAACGUCUUGACAACGUUGAGUAUCGAAAUAAAAAGAUUUGUAUUCAGAUCUGUCGAAGAUGCACUUGGUACAAGUACAACACCUGGUCACUCAAGUAGCAAACUACCAUUAUAUUUAUCCUUAAAACUUUUAAGACCGAUGAGUUCAAAGGCUUCACACACAUAUUCCUCAGAACUUUUAAAGGACAUAUAA